AUGAAGUGCCACAAGGACCUCGGGAGACCCGGGGAAGGCGCGUGCACACCCGCGAACUGCAGCAAGGGCGGAAUUCCCGCCAAGUGGAAGACGGCGAAUCUGCUGAAGAACAAGCUCGGUAUCGAGAUGUACGUUAAGGGAAAUCCGUUGACGCUGAAAAAGGCGUCUCCGCAAACCUGCUGCAACACCUGCGCCGCGUACAAGAGCUGCACGUAUUGGCAAUAUAUUCCCGAUGUAACGAUCGACGGUACGAAAACUCUGGGCGCGUGUUACCUGGUUCACGACGAUAUUGAUUACACAUGCGGCGAGCUGACGGCGCAGUACGCGACGGAGACGAAGCCCGUUAACCUGCAGGUUCGCACGGGCGGCGAGUGUAACCCUAAUGCGAAGGUCGUGAACGAUCCCCAUCUGGUCGGCGCGUUCGGCACGCAUUUCGACUUCAACGGCCGUCCGGAUAAGGCUUUCUGCCUGCUGAGCGAUAAGGACCUGCAUAUCAACAUGCUUCUCCGCGGUUACUACAGCGACGAUACGGAUAACGCCGCGCUCGUGGUUGACGGAAAGGCUGUGCACACGUGGAUUAAGGAGCUCGGUCUCGUGUGGUUCGCGAACGGCGCCGAUCAUAAGGUUCGCAUCGCUGCUCGCGGCGGUAAGCAGCAGGAGCGUGGGGAUGGGUUCGUGAAGUCGAUCGAAAUCGACGGCGAGGAGAUUCCGAGAAUGGAGGUCAGCGAUGUGACCUACCGCGUGGACCAUGCUAAACGGGCGGCUGAUUUCCAAAAGCUGAUCGCGAAUCUGCACCGUCCGAUUUCAGCUGACAGCGAGGAGGGUGUUGGAUUUUUGGACGGCACUCCGCGGUCAUACGAGUCGAGCGCCGUGCUGGCCGUGGAUUGCGCGCAUACUGCCUAUCACCGCGCGAGGCAGCUCAGCCCCGUCGAGGAGUUCCCGAUGGAGCCUCUGGCCUAG